UUUAUAGGUUUUAUGGACAGCAUUAAAGAAAAUGAUUGAUCAAUAACAAAUGUACAAUCACCUUGGUAACAGUUAUUGACUUGUUUCAGUCAAAAAAACAGAAAACCUAAUUUUUAUUAACAGAUUUUCACAAAAAUGCCUAUUCUAGUGAAAGAUUUUACGUGGACACAGUCCCCUACUAAUUUGCAGAUCAAAAUACCCUCGAAGUCGACGAAUAAAAAUAACAUUGACGUAUUCACAACAGAUACGUACAUUAAGAUACAUUUUAAUCCAUUCCUUUUUGAGAUAUUUUUACUACAUGAUGUCGACAACGAACGAAGUAAGUGUAUAGUGCAAGAAGAAUCAAUAGUACUAGAGCUAAUUAAAAAGAAGCAAAACGACUGGGAGUGCCUUGAAAAAUCUUUAACAAAAGAAGAGAAAAAAGAACUGCGUCAAAAAAUACUCGAGAAAUGUCAAGAAGAAGCGAAAGAAAAAGCUGAACAAAAGUCCAUAAAGAAGAGUGAAAUGGAUAGGUUUACAGUGCAAAAGGCAAUGGAGAUUGAUUCACAACAGCAUGCAUUAAUGGAUUCAAGGAGAGACGCAGAACGGAACAAAGCGAUGAACGAGAUACAGCACUGGAACGAUUCCCUUAAAUAUAUAAACCCUAGUAAAAAGGCUCCGAAAAAUACAAAUAGUAUUUGGCCUCACAACAUUAAGAAAAAUGAAAACAGUGUCAAAAUUGUCGAGCUACCCUCCUCAGAUGAUGAGAAAAAUGACAAUAAAACAAAAAAGCAGCCAGCACAAAGGAAACAACCAGUAAACAAAACAUUACCUAGUAAUAAGCAAAGUAAAACACCAGUUAGAUCUGAAUACGUAGAGAAGAUGAAGAAAGAAACUGCUAAUAGGGUUUUACCAAAGCUGAGAGCAGCCGGCGAAGUAGUGAUUACACACACGCCAAGAACGUUUCCAACGCCGAGUCGAGAGUCAGCGGCGCAAGAGGAGGAAGCUUGGUUAAAAAAUAUCACUCAAGCAAGACGAGCUAUCGGGUUCGUAUCUGAAGAUCUUAGACCUGAGGAACAUGACCCUCAGUGGUGUAAAGAGAAAGGUGACGAGUUCUUUCGCAAUGGCAACUUUCUGGGCGCGAUCAGUGCUUACACGCAUGGAAUCACUCUGUCUGACAAACUGCCAAGUCUCUAUUCAAACCGAGCGGCAGCACACUUUGCUCUAGGAAAUUUCAAUAAAUGUGUAAACGACACUUCCACUGCGCUCGAUUUACUGAAUCCGCCAUGUGAGGGUAAUCGUAAAAGUCGUGCGAAGUGCAUAGCUCGCCGGGCCGCGGCGCUCGUGCGGCUCGGCUACUUGAACAAAGCCAUCGAUGAAAUGAAAGCGGCGGCGAAGUUGCUGCCCGAAGAUGAAACUAUUAAAGAAGAUAUCUAUAACAUGGAGAGAGCUUGGGAACAAAAACCAGAUUCUGAUUGA